CCAACCUCUCUGUAUAAAAGCCAUGUUUCCAUCAGCAGACUGUACACACUGUCAACGAAGAAAGGAGUGGCUAUUACAAGGAAUAACAGAGGAACAACUUCUCGCUCAAUCUUUACAAAAGAGUAUACCUGCUUUUAGGCACAAUUUCUAAACAAUCGGAUUAAGCGAUAUCAUAUUGCAGCUGUAAGUGAUUUUGUUUUCUUAUUGCAUGCAAUAGGCUACAUAGAAACUGUGCUCAUAGUGCUCUUUGUACAUAUUUAUAGACAAUACAAUUUGUAUUUUUAGUAGGCCUAUAGGCAUUUUUUUCUAUUGACUCGCAUUUGUUUUUCCAUGUGUGCAGCAGCGUGCGUCUUGUCAUGGGGCACUGUCCACAUAUUUUGACAGAUAUUAUUACACUGACACGAACAAGCCUAGAAGCAAAGGGUUGCGGCGGUGCGGUCAACCUGUUGGUGAAUUGACCUAGCCGAUGUAAUGCAAGUAGCUAAUAACAUUGCAGUCGGAUAUUAUGACUUUUUAAGAGUUCUAGUUAAAAUAUAAAUCAUUGCACGUUUUAGUAGGUCUAGGUGUAACACUGUUUGUAACGUAUCUAGGCACUGUAAUGCAUUGGUUUAAAUGUUCAUGCGCUUGUUCAGUGCAUGAGAGUGUGCAUGCUUGUUAUUGGUCUAUCGUGUUAUUUUUAAGUACUUGUAAAGAACCUGCUCCAUUUAACCUGGGAUGCACCAGAAAUAACCAAACCCUUUAUCUGCUUGAAUAAGAUCAUGAGAAAGACUUAUAAAGACGUUCAAUGUAGUCCUAUUAAAUGCACAUGAUAUAAAUACUAGUACUGCUCUCUUUCACUGAUUUGCAUAGUCCAGUAAUUUGACUGUCGUUGGCAAUGGUCAUAGCUACAUCACACUUCCUGGUCAUGACUAGACUAGGCAUCCGAUAGUGGGCGCUAGAGCUGCACUAUUGUCUAGGAUUGAUGCGCAUUCCAGGUCCACGGGGGACAGGAGUGUGUUGACGGGAAUGCACAUUAAUCCUAGACUAUCGUGCAGCUCCAGCGCCCACUAUCGGAUGCCAAAACUGAGAAUGGCAGUGGGAGGGACUGAGUAACAUGCUUGUACAUCUACCUCACAUUCCAAAUGCCAUGUGCCUAAAACUAAGCUAAUCUAUUCUAUUCUCCUUGCUCUCCCAGGAACCAUGCCUGUGUCUAGGAUGAGAAUGAGGCCUUGGUUGGAGGAAAAGCUUGAGUCCAACUCCAUCAGUGGAUUGGUGUGGGUGGACAAGGUAAGACUUUCCUACUCAUCAGACUCAUCUAAUGCAUUUUUAUGUACAAAGGCAAUACUCCCUGAAACACUGCAGUGGCAGAAACUGUCAUUGUAAGAAGAGAACUCAGUCCAGACAUUGACAGCUCAAAACAUAUUAAGCACUAUUACCCAUGAAAAGGACUACUCAAAACUAGGCAUGUAGAGGAGAUGCUGGGUUGAGAGAUAGGAGGCGUUCAUUUGAAACCCAUUGCUUUGUGGUUUUUGUCCAGGCCAAGAUGAUUUUCUCCAUCCCAUGGAAGCAUGCUGCACGUCAUGGAUGGGACUUGAACAAGGAUGCCUGUCUGUUCCAGCAAUGGGCCAUGCACACAGGUGUGCAAAUAACACAUUCCUAGACUACCUACUAGAGCCCCUCUCAUAAUAAAAUGUAUUUUCACCAAGAUGCAUCAUAUGCUCUGCACAAUAUGCACUUCAGCACCUUAAGGUGCAUCAUAUGCUCUGCACAAUAUGCACUUCAGCACCUUAAGGUUUUUCAAUAUACUAACUGCAUUGUAAUAACAAUGAUAUUACUUGUCUGUUGAUGCAGGGAAAUUCAUACAAGGCAAGACUGAACCAGACCCUAAGACAUGGAAGGCUAAUUUCCGCUGUGCAAUGAACUCCCUUCCUGACAUAGAGCAAGUGAAAGACAAAAGCAUCAACAGAGGGUGUGGAGCGGUGCGCGUCUACAAAAUGCUGGACGUCUGCUCGAAGCGAAAUAACAAGAGGUCAAAAGCAAACAAUGUCAAUAAAAAUAACAAGGUAAGGUUAUAUUACUUUUUAACUGCAACCCACAUUAGAAUCCCUUCAACCCACUUUAGAAUCCCUUCAACCCACUUUAGAAUCCCUUCAACCCACUUUAGAAUCCCUAUCAUCACUUGUAGUUAUGUAUUCCCUCUGCUAUAUAAAGACCUGUGCAUGUGUAUUUAGCUGGCUGUAUCCAGACCAGUGUCAACAGAGAUGAAAAUUAUAAUCUUACUUCAAGUUUUGCUGUUGUCUCUUCUAGGGGUCAAAGACCAAGACAGAGGGAAUGGACUCCAGUGAAACCUGUUGCCCCGAGGACUGCAAUACCAACACACACCUGCACGAGGACAAAAUUAAACAUGAAAGCAUGGUAGACAGCACAGACAACCUAGGUGAGAACAUCACAGCAGCAUCAUGUCUUGAUGUCUCUAUAAAUGAUUACCAGACUCUGAUAUACAAAAGCUGCAGAAUUUACUUUAAACUUUGUCCCAACAAAAGAUACAAAGGACUAGAGACUAUGAAUUCACUAAUUCAUUCACAAAACUGUGUGUGAGAUGUGUAUGAACGUGAGGGUACAAAUGAAUGGUAGUCCUUAUGGUUUUCUGUGUCUUUUCUGUAAAGAUUUUACAACAUACGAAACUAAUACUCCAGACUUUUCCAUCUCUGUGGAAAUAGGCCCAGACAGCACCAACGACUACCACGUGCCUUUCGAAGUGUCACCAGAGCACUCCACAGGUAAGAUUAACCUUGCUGGAUGCUUGGGUUUGAUUAAACUCUUUGUGUUUGAGUGUGAGCUGCAAAUGUAAUUGAGGUUUGACCAAUGCUCAUGUCAAUUUUCCUUCUUCAACUUUACAGAAUAUGAAGACAACGAAUCCCUUACUGAGGUAAGUUUGACACUACCGCUACAAGUUCAGUGUGCUUUUUUCAUUAUCAGGAAUAACCAUGUCUGCCAGAUAUUCUUUAUUGAAUACUAAAAAUGCUAACACAGCUAAAUCAAGCAAAAAUGUAACCAGGUUCAUCCCCUGUGUUUUGUUCAUUUAGAUUGCACAGUAUUGGGAGCAAUUGCAGCAGCAAGGCAGUGCAAACGACAAGGGGAUCCUGAGCAGUGAAGUAAGCACAGCAGAGUCAUUCAACAUCGCAGAGUCUUAUCACAGUUCAGAGAGCCAAUGGAGUGAUAACUCAGGUAAAUUAUGCUACAUGGAAUCAGGCUGUUUGUUAUACUGUAGUAUUCGACGGCAGGAUUAAAUCCUGUCUGCAUGUAUUGUCUUUGUAAAACAUUUGUUAGUCAAAAUGAAAGACUACAAAAGGAAAAGGAGGAGGAAAACUCUGGAUUCCGUAGGCCAUUGGAAACAGAUUUGUUAAACAAAACUGUCAUAUGUAAAACACUGAGACGAUUGAGGAAGGUGUUUCAAUCAAUAAUAUUUCCUUCUCAUAUGCAUAAGGUGUGAAACAGAAUAAUGCAUGUAAGGUAAACAGAUGGCAGAGAUAGAAGUGAAUGAUUACACCAGAGCCUAAGCUUCAGUUUGUGUUAUUACAUCAAAACCAUCUAACAAGGCUGCUGUCAAUAUUGCAAAACGUAAGAAGAAAUCUGUACCAUCUUUCAGCUGUGUUUCUCUUGCAUCCCUGACCUGCUUUGUUUUGUUUGUUUUACAGGGACGGAAAUAGAGCUGCGUCUGUACACAGAACUCCAAGGACUACCAUAUACUGAAGACUUCUUCUCUUGCGCCGACACCUGGACACUGAACAACAACACAACCAGUUAUCUCCAACAGAUCCCCUGCCCACUCUGAGCCCCCGCUCUGCACUCUCUCAGACCCUGUACAGAACCAAAAGACUUCACUCCGACUUCUUCUUUAUCUCAUGACCUCAAGCUACACCAUCUUUGCCAUUUGGCGUCUGCUGCUCUGUGACAGUUGAAGGAUCUCUAAAACCUUAGGUAGCAUUUUUGACAGGAAGUAAGUCUGGGACUCUCUACUGUGUUUCUAGUCUUUGUUAAAUUGUUGUGCUCAUAGCUGUAUUGUUCUCAGUAUGAAUAGCUCAUUUACAAGAUCCAUAGUUGAUAUGAGGGCACCUAGCCCAUUGCCAGCACAACAAAGAACAGAUUUUUCUGUUUUACUGUGACAAAAUGUUCCGUUAUUUACACACUAUAUAAUAUACAGCAGUAUAUUCCCGCAUGAUAAUCAUUCAUAACAAACUGUCCAUUUGGUGAAAGGUCUAAAAGAUGUCAUUUUGUGUAUAUUUGUAUUCAAUAUUUGUAAAUAUUUUUGUGUCACUGUUUAUUUUCUACAAAAUAAAUGAAAUGAAAUACCAA